CUCGGCGGCGGAGGCCCUUCGGCGGCGGCGGCUAGCGAAAGCCGAAAGCUAUCAGAUUUUAUCUCUAGAACGACUCUUCAAAGACUCUAACGAUGAGUGCAGAAGAAGGACCAACAGUGGUUCGCCAGAAUUUGGUGGAUGAAGCUGCCAAAUUCCUGAUGAAUCCAAGUGUGGUUGGUCACUCUGCUGAUAAAAAGAAAGCUUUCUUGAGGAAGAAGGGCUUGAGUGAAGCAGAGAUUGAUGCAGCUUUUGGGAAAGUCCAUGUGCCUGGUGUCAGUCCAGUAGGAGCUGUGGUGUCAUCACAAAUCUCUCAGUUACCUGUCCCUGCAUAUGCAGUGCACCAGCCCCCGACACUUUGGGUGAAAGUACGGGACAUUUGCAACUUCGUGUUCAUCUUGACUGGGGCAUCAUAUGGAGUCUUCUAUUUGUAUAAGAAAUACCUUGGACCCCUUUUGACGGGAAGAAGAGAGAAAACAGUCGAAGAGAGCAUGAUUGAACUGCAGCAGUCAGUGGUAUCUGUUCUAAAGGAAGUUCAGACAACUCUAGCUUCUCUCGAGCAGACUUUGAGUGCUCAGAGCCUAAGGAUCCAGGCGCUGAUCACCAAGGAAGAUAAUCAAGUAGUGACACCAAGACAGAUUGAGGAACUAAGAGCAGAAGUAACUUCAUUGAAAGGCCUCCUUAUCAAUAGGCGGACAUUUCCAUCCACCCCAGGCAUGUCCCCCGCGAUCCCCUCGUGGCAGCGGAGCAAGUCGACGGAGAAAGCUGUGGAAGCCCCUGCUAACCCUUCUGUCAGCUUGUCCAACCAGGUUCAAGUUACAGAAGUAGAUCCACUGGAAGGGUCAACCCAAAGUCUAGAAGAAUCAAACCAAACUUCACGAGGUGAGCUUGUCAAUGCCAGUGAAGUUGUUGAUUCAGAGAACGGAAUAAGCAGAGAAGACAGUUUCUCCCUUGCCAGUGCUGAGAAUGGGGGCAGUGCUGACUCACUCCCUGAUUCCACAGAUGAAAUGUAAUUCUGGAAUGUGCAGUGCUAGAAGAUGUAGCAGUGAUAAAUUUGAUACCAAAAGAUGCAGUGCUGUCUCUUCAUUGGCAUCAUCAGUGAUUCUAUAAAGCUGUCUAUAAAACUGAUGGCAUAAAGUUGCUGUCCCCUAGAGAUGUGUAAUUGAUUUAUAUAUUUUUUUCUUAUAUA